CCCAAACCCAACAUCUCCCUGAGCCCCAGCGGGGGAGUCUCCCUGGGGGGAGCCGUGACCGUCCGGUGUCGGGGGCAGCGCCGGGGUGUGCGCUUCAUGCUGAAUAAAGAGCGACGCCAUUUCCCACCUGCGGAUUCGGACGGGUUUGACGCUGUGUUUUCCUUCAGCAAGGUGCAUUCGGAGCACGGCGGGAGCUACAGCUGCUCCUAUCACAGCAGAUCGGAGCCGUUCGCCGUGUCGUACCCCAGCGACCCCGUGGAGCUGGUGGUGAGAGAUCCCAGCUUACCCAGACCCUCCAUCUCGCUGAGCCCCACUGGGGUCACCGCUCCAGGGGCAAACGUCACCAUCCAGUGUCAGGGGCAGCGCCGGUACGUGAGGUUCUUCCUGCACAAGGCUGGAGACCUGAACCCGCAGCGACACAUGGACCCUCCUGGGAACAGGGCCGAGUUCCGCAUCCCCACCGUGGGCCGGCAGCACGGAGGGAACUACAGCUGCAGCUACCGGAACCGAUCAGAGCCCUUCCUCUCCUCAGAGCCCAGCGACCCCCUGUGGCUGGUGGUAGCAGACGGAUCGGAAUCGCCGGCACCGACCAGCGCCAUCAUCGCCGGGGUGAGCGCAGCAGCCGCCGUCCUCCUCCUCCUCCUCGUGGCCUUCGUCUGCUUCAGAAAAACCCGAGCCAGAAAAGGAGCCGCACCGAGACUGAGCAGCCCUUUGGGGGUGUUGAAGGCCCCAGCUCAGCAAGACAACAUCUAUGCCUCCAUGGACGAAGGGAAAGAGCCGCAGACCCUGGAGCCCGACCCCGACACCUACGCCGAGCUGGACCACCAGACGCUGCAGCCCAGUGUGUACGAUGUGAUCAACGUGAGCCGGGGAGCCCCGCAGUGAGAGCCCCCCGCAGCCAUGGGGCACCAGACCUCAGGGGGCAACAGCCUCACGCCCCAACAGUGACAGCCCCAGAGAACUCUGCAUCUAGGGAAGAUUUAGGGGGGACGCUGCCCUCCCCCUGCUGCAGCCCCGACCCAUCAAGCUUCUGUCCCCCUGCCCCGCCCAGACCUACAUGUGGGGUGAAGGGGGGGCUCAGCACUGCGAUGGGUAGGAGACGCAUCAAGGCAGCUUUGAUGUUAUUUUGCAUCCUGUUAACCUCCAGCUUUGUAAUAAACACAGAUCAUUAAACCAGCCCCCCCGGGCAGCCCCCAACCCCUGUCCCGGCGCCAGGAGAGUGUGUCACACCUGGGGGAGAUGGGGAGCUGCCGGGGAAUCAGGUUUAUGCAGAGUUUCACUGGGAGUAGCAGAACCAGCAAGCGAGCGCCGGUUCUGGACACACUUCUCCUUUUCACAGAUAUUUUGGUUGCUGUUUUAGCAACUUAGGAUCUAAAUUUACCCCUCCUCCAUCCCAUUCCUGGGGCUGGAAACCACAACCCCUCCACCCUCUGUCCCGUCUCUGUCUCACACCACUGUGCAAAGAACAGCAUCUACAGCGAUGCUACCUGAGAAGGAGGUUGGCCAGGCCCCUCCACCCUCAUGUUCCAGGGCGGGUGCUGGGCCCAGCCGGGUCAGGAAGGAAUCUCUGCCCUGCUCCAUGGAAGAGGGUCGCUCCGUGUGGGGCACUGUGUGUGUGUGUGGUGGGAGCCCUCCUCUGCUCUGAGCUGCUGCUCCAGGGAGGCUAGACGGGCCUGUUGGAGAAGGUGAGGGCAGCCUGAGCCUGGGCAUCUCUUGACAUAUCCUGAGAUUCCCUCUGUGACGUUGUUGUCACGGAGUCACAGAUCGUGCCCACUCUUGGUCCCGUGCAGUCCGUGGGGAGGUGCCCCUUUUAGUGAGACAGCCCUUCUUGGGGGUCCACUCUCUCUCGGGGUCGGGCCCCUCCACUUCCUGGAUCCGCACCUCUCUGAGCCU